AGCACGACGUCCCGGCCUGGCCCCGCGGCCCCUGGCGCCCAGCACGGCGUCCCCGUCCUGCGGCCCGCACCGUCCUGCCCGUUGUCACAUGCCUUUCUGGCUGCCUGCGUGGUCCCAGCGGCUCUCACGUGCUUGCCGGCCUUUCCUUCCUCUGAGUCCCUGACUCACACCUUCUGCUUGUUGCCUGUCCCUUAUUGAUCUGUGGGGGUUUUAAGAAUAGAUAUUACUGAUGUCAUCUCUUCAAUGCUCUAUAAUCACUGUUUCCCAGCUUCCUGCUUAUCUUUCAUUUUGACUUCCCUGUCUUUCGUUGUGCUGAAUUUUUUUGAUUACUCGUGUAGAUGAAUCUGGUCAUCUUUGAUGGAACUUUCCAUAGUUCUUCAGUCAGUCAGGGAAUGGACGGCCCUGCUUUCUGCUGGGGGACCUUCUUGGCCUCAGAGAGUCCACCCGGGGACAGCAGAGAGGCAGGACAGACCCCAGCCGGGACGCUGUGUCGGGGCCGGAGGGAGCGGCUGCCGUGACACUGGCCUGGCCUGCGGACCAUCACCAACACCGCCUGCGGGGCGCACGGCUUCUCUGAGCGCACGCCUGCCCGCCUCGCCGGCCCCAGACCGCCUUCCGUCUCUCACCUGGGGGGGAGGGGUAGCACGGCCCCCACUCUGCCCCCACCAUCUCAGGCCAGCAGUGACCCGGGCCGUCAGGGUGUGCAGGAGGGUGAGGGAGGGGCGGCCCACCCCCUGGAAACCCUGUGUGUGAUCGUGUUCUCUCUGCUUCCCAAACCCUGCCCCCCGCAGGUCCCUGAGCACGCCCCCCCGGACCCGGAGUGCCCGGCGAUGCCCCGGCACCCCCUGCAGCUGGUCCUGGCCCUCCCGGCUCCCCAGAGGAAGGCUGAGUGGCCCCCGGUGACGCCGUGACUUUACGCUGCCCUCCUGGCAAUGGGGACACGGCCAGCCCUGGGAUGGGUGCGCCAACCCACCGCGUGCCACCAUCAGCCCCACAGGGAGCUCGGCCCCCCUGGACCCUGCGCCCCCCCGGAAGCGCCUCACCUUCGAGCGCCUGGGUGGCUCUGAGCCCUGGGGGCACGAGUGCGGGCCUGUGCUCCCCACGUCCUUGCGAAGCAGGCUCUGCGGGCCGGGAGGCUGAGGCCGGACCACGGCCGGGUGAGCGUGGCGCACCCGACGGUCCCUGUGAGCAGCUCUGGUCGCAAAGUCACCAGCCCGCCCCCGCCCCGGGCAGAGCUGCCGUGGGGCCGGGCCUGGGGCGAUCGGGAGGAGGAGGGUGGAGGCUCCCUGCAGGCCCAGAGCGGGGCAGCGGCCCGUUGGGGAGGCUGACGGCCCCCCGCCUUCACCUCUGCUCCCCACCCCAGAGGUGUCUGCGGCUCUCCUGCCCCCACGUCUCCACCUCACCACCGUUUCCUGAGAUUUCAGCCCUUUCGUCCGGGCUCUUCCUCUCCGGGAAUGUCAUCCUCCCUCCUCUGCUGGGGGAGCUCCUGGCACCCACCGGGCUGCCCCCCUCAGCCUUGCCCCUCUCCCGGGGGAACAAGGGUUUCCUGGGUGCUAACCGAUGUCCGCCUGAAAUCCACUCCAGGAGGGACUCGCUCCCAGAACUCAGCCUCUUGAAAUAGCGGCCACGCUCCGCUCGAAGCGCCCCGUGCAGCCAGAGGUGUGGGGAGGGGACGCGAGCUGAAUCUCUGAUCCUUUCUGGAAAACCUGCAAACGGCCAGGCUGGAGAGAGGCUGCGCUCACGGAGCCUGUUCCCGGCCUGGGGCCCCGCGAACGGGACUGGCUGCAGGGCCGGUGCCUCGCGGUGGCCCCGAGUCUGUCCCUCUGGGUGAGGCUCUCCCGGAAGGGCUGCCGUCCCCACAGAAGACCUGGAGCCGGAGCUGCGGGGUGACCGGGCGGGCAGUCCCCAGGGGCCGGGCCACCCGCCUCGAGGGGACUCUGGGCCACAGACCAGCAUCUUUGGGGAGGGGGCGGGAGCCAGGGGCGGCGGCCGGCAGAGGAGGAGGACCUCCCUGCUUCACAGCAGGGGGGCUACGACCAGCACCAGAGGGAAUCCGGGGGGGUUCCGGAACAGGGGGGCUCCCGCACCUGGUUUAUGUCAUAAACACUUGUUUGGUCGAAA